AUCAGAAAGUCGCUCGUCAAGGUGUAGAAUUGGAUGAUCCGGGAAAUAUUAAUGGAAUCCCAACAGUCGAGUACAAUCUUUCUACAUUAGGAGAUGAAGAAAAACCAUGGAAGCGACCGGGAGCUGAUAUAACAGACUAUUUUAACUAUGGAUUCACUGAAGAAACGUGGAUCCAAUAUUGUGAAAAACAGAAAAUACUCAGACAGGAAUAUGCAAACACAACUUUAAAACCUGUUUUAAGCAGUGGGAGUGCCAGUAUGUUACAGCGCAUUCGUUCUGGUACAGUUUCUUCAAACACCCGUUCAUUUGAUGGUUCUAAACAAGCUAGUAUCAAUGUAAUAAAUUUGAGCGGUUCUGGAUUAAAUGCUCGAUAUUUAAAUCCUACUCCCAGCUCUAAAGCUGGAAAUUCCCCGUCCGAUGUCUCAAAUCGUCUCCUAAAUGGAACCACAAAUAAUUCCAACUUACUUAAUCAGUUCAAUCAACCACCACCUGGCUAUUUAGGCGGAACACAACAAACGAACGGAAAUACAACUGGUACCGGUGUUUUUAAUAUGCCUCCCCCUGGUUUUGGAUCAUUAACUCCUGGAAGCAAUUCACAAGUAUUAAAUCCUACGAAUCCCGCUGCAGCAGCGGCAGCCGCUGCUUUAUUUCCUAACCUUGCAGUUCCUCCUCCCGUUGUAAACAAUCUAACUGGAUGGCCCACUGGAAAUAUGGCACUAUCUGGUCUUAUUGCAACAGGUGAUGCUAUUAUUGAUCCAACAACUGGUCAAAUUAGUGGUAUCAUUGAUCAUGGAGAACGCAGUCCAGGUUCCAUAUACUCCAAUGAAGAUCCUAUGUCGCGACGCGGACGGCGUCAUUAUCAUCCAGACGAAAUUGGUUAUUACGAUAG